AUGAUUAUUGAUAUUCAUUUAGAAGUCUUAGACGAAUGUCAAAAAGGGGACCUGCAUACGACGAAAGAAGAGUUUUUUGAAAUAUUGGUUCAGGAAUUCAUGGGAAGCAAAUUUAUGAAAGAAGAAAAUGUUCCUAAGGAACAGGUUCCAAGUUCAGAUUUCGGCUUUAGGGAGAAAGUCUUUGCUCCUAAGGAAGGUGUUUCCUGA